GAGCUGAGCAGGUGGUGACAGGUGUGCGGGGUCCUGUCCAGGCUGCUGAGAAUUGACUUGAUUGUUUCUCUGUGUGUGACUGAAAUAAGAACUCAGAUCCAGUUAAUCAUCUAUUUUUUUCUUCUGUAAAUGCCUCUAUUAAAUGAUUGCUAUGACUAGGCACCAUGGAAAGGCCUGAGAAAGGGGUACGCAUGUUACGGGAGUACUUGGAUUCAACUAUGCUGCUGGCCAAGCGCCUUUGCUGCUAGUUACUGUUUAACUCUAGUCUGCCCCAUGCCACUUAGGGCAGAAAGACAAACAAAUUUGGGAAAGUCCCAGGACUUGGCCUUCACUUGAGCUUCUGCGAGCAGCUUUAUCUGAGCAUUGCGGUGGUUGAAUAGGUCAGAUCGAGUAGCCCCGUGGCCUGAAGGGCAGUGCUGGGGCAGACCUGAGGAAGGAAUUGCUGUACCACCUCUGCUCUUACUGCAGGCCCCUCUUCCAGGUCAGACACGGAAAAGGAGUGUCUGCGCCCUUCUCUCGCGUGGAGUACAUCACCAGGACGAGGCAUUUGUCGGAAGAGUCUGUGAAACCCUCUCUCUACCCAGAGCUCCAGGACCAAUGCAUCUUUCCAUCGCCCUAAACCACUGGUGAAUGUAUGUUGCCGAGCCCCAGUUGCAAAAGACUUGUCCUGUCACCACCAUGAGCUCGGAAUGUGACGUUGGCGCUUCUAAAGCCGUGGUGAACGGGUUGGCACCAGGCAGCAAUGGGCAGGACAAAGACAUGGAUCCUACAAAAGUCUGCACUGGGAAGGGAGCCGUGACUCUCCGGGCCUCAUCCUCCUACAGGGACACCCCGAGCAGUAGCCCUGUGAGCCCUCAGGAAAGCCCACAAUACGAAAGCAAACCAGUGCUGGAGUCAGAGAAUCCCCCAGCAGAUGAGUGGCGGCUUUCUUCCAGUGCUGAUGCCAAUGGAAAUGCCCAGCCGUCUUCACUCGCUGCCAAGGGCUACAGAAGCGUGCACCCCAACCUCCCUUCUGACAAGCCCCAGGAUUCAAGUCCUCUGCUAAAUGAAGUCCCUUCAUCUCGUGUUAGAACUGAUUCCCAAACCUUUGCACCAGUCAGCAAGCCAUCCUCUGCCUACCCCUCCACGACCAUUGUCAAUCCCACUAUUGUGCUCUUGCAACACAACCGAGAACAGCAGAAACGACUCAGUAGCCUGUCAGAUCCUGUGUCAGAAAGAAGAGUGGGAGAACGGGACUUGGCAACAACCCAGGAAAAACCCACCUCUCCUGGCAGGUCCACUGACAAAAAGGCCAAGGAUGACAGCAGGCGGGCGGCUAAGAGCACUCAGGACCUGAGCGAUGUGUCCAUGGAUGAAGUGGGCAUCCCACUCCGGAACACCGAGAGAUCCAAAGACUGGUACAAGACCAUGUUUAAGCAGAUCCACAAGCUAAACAGAGAUGAUGAUUCAGAACUGUAUUCUCCUCGAUACUCCUUUUCUGAAGACACAAAAUCUCCCCUUUCUGUGCCUCGCUCAAAAAGUGAGAUGAGCUACAUUGACGGUGAGAAGGUAGUUAAGCGGUCAGCCACACUUCCCCUCCCGGCCCGCUCUUCCUCACUGAAAUCAAGCCCAGAAAGAAACGACUGGGAGCCCCCAGAUAAGAAAGUGGAUACAAGGAAAUACCGUGCAGAGCCCAAAAGCAUAUACGAGUAUCAGCCGGGCAGGUCUUCCGUUCUGAACAACGAAAAGAUGAGUCGGGAUAUAAGCCCAGAAGAGAUAGAUUUAAAGAAUGAACCUUGGUAUAAAUUCUUUUCGGAAUUGGAGUUUGGGAAACCGCCUCCCAAAAAGAUAUGGGAUUAUACUCCUGGAGACUGCUCUAUCCUUCCUAGAGAGGAUAGAAAGACUAACCUAGAAACAGAGCUCAGCCUCUGCCGCACAGAGUUAGAGGCAGACGUAGGAAAAACGGAGACGCUUAGUAAAGCAGCCCGUGCAGACCUGGCGCAGAGCUCAGCAGUCAGCCCCACUCCGGAAAUGUCUUCAGAGCCUCCUGGAUAUAUAUAUUCUUCCAACUUCCACGCAGUGAAGAGGGAAUCCGAUGGGGCUCCCGGCGACCUCGGGAGCCUGGAGAAUGAGAGGCAGAUUUAUAAAAGCGUCCUGGAAGGUGGAGACAUCCCUCUCCAGGGCCUCAGUGGGCUCAAGCGCCCAUCCAGCUCGGCCUCCACGAAAGUGGAUCGUAAAGGUGGGAAUGCUCACAUGAUUUCUUCAUCUUCAGUUCAUAGCCGAACGGUUAACACUAGCAAUGCCUUAGGCCCUGUGUGUAAGCACAAGAAACCCCUGUCUGCUGCAAAAGCCUGCAUUUCAGAAAUCCUCCCCUCCAAGUUCAAGCCCAGGCUCUCCGCUCCCAGCGCUCUUUUGCAGGAACAGAAGAGUGCCCUGUUGCCAUCAGAAAAGGCUCAGAGCUGUGAGAACCUUUGUGUUUCCGUUUCUUUGAAUGGUUCCAAGAGAGGGCUCCCCCUCCAGGUGGGUGGGAGCAUCGAGAACCUGCUCAUGCGCUCCCGGCGGGAUUACGACAGCAAGUCGAGCAGCACCCUGAGCCUGCAGGAGUACGGCUCCAGCGCCAGGAGGCCCUGCCCGCUCUCCAGGAAGGCGGGGAUGCAGUUCACCAUGCUCUACCGGGACAUGCACCAGAUCAACCGAGCGGGCCUCUUCCUGGGCUCUGCCUCCUCCUCCAGCGUGCGGGACCUCGCCUCCCAUUUUGAGAGGAGCAGCCUGGCCCUGGCCAGGGGCGAGCUGGGCCCCAGCCAGGAGGGCUCGGAGCACAUCCCCAAGCACACCGUCUCCUCCCGCAUCACGGCCUUUGAGCAGCUGAUCCAGCGGUCACGGUCCAUGCCGUCCCUGGACCUGUCAGGCAGGCUGAGCAAGUCCCCCACGCCCGUGCUGUCCCGGAGCGGCCUGACCGCAGCCCGCUCCGCCGAGUCCCUCCUGGAGUCCACCAAGCUCCGGCCCCGGGAGGUGGACGGGAUGAACCCCGCGGGGGUCUAUGCCUCCCCAACGUGCAGCCGCCUGGUGGACUCCCCCUUGGGGUUCAGGGGCCUGGCGCCCUCUGAGCCCCUCUCCACCUGCUCCGACGAGCUCGACCACUGCUCCAACGUCUCCAGUGACAGCAGGGAGGGCAGCGGCGGCAGCGUUCACGGAGACUUCCCCAAACACCGCCUCAACAAGUGCAAGGGCACCUGCCCGGCCUCCUACACCCGCUUCACCACCAUCCGCAAGCACGAGCAGCAGGCCUCCCGGCAGCCCGACUGGCGCCCGGACUGCAGAGGGGACCGCAGCGCGCUCCUCAGGAACAUCUACCUGAUGAGCCCCCUCCCCUUCCGGCUGAAAAAGCCCCUCCAGCACCAUCCCAGGCAGCCUGCCCCUGGGGACUUCUCGGGCCCCCCGGCGGGCCGGAAGCCAGACCUCCCCAGCCAGCCCCAGCAGGACGAGCCCCGCGCUGGGGGGAAGCCCUCGGUGCCCAAGCGCCUGUCCUCCCGACACACCAUGGCCAGGCUGGGCCGGACCGCAGAGCCCCCUCAGGAGAGACCCGCGGUCCCAGAGGACUGCCCGGGGGCCUUUGAUAAUGGGAACCCUGUGCCGUACUCAGACCACAGCCUGGACAGAAACAACAACCCACCCAGUGAACUGGGACCAUCCCACGGAGAUUCAGAAUCACCAAGACAUUUUAUACCAGCUGACUACUUGGAAUCCACAGAAGAAUUCAUCCGAAGGCGGCAUGAUGAUAAAGAAAAACUUUUAGCGGACCAGCGACGACUUAAGCGCGAGCAAGAAGAGGCCGAUAUUGCAGCUCGGCGCCACACGGGCGUCAUUCCAACGCACCAUCAGUUUAUCACUAAUGAGCGCUUUGGGGACCUCCUCAAUAUAGACGAUACGGCAAAAAGGAAAUCUGGGUCAGAGAUGAGACCUGCCAGAGCCAAAUUUGACUUUAAAGCUCAGACACUGAAGGAGCUUCCUCUGCAAAAGGGAGACAUUGUUUACAUUUAUAAGCAGAUCGACCAGAACUGGUACGAGGGCGAGCACCACGGCCGGGUGGGCAUCUUCCCGCGCACCUACAUCGAGCUUCUUCCUCCUGCGGAGAAGGCUCAGCCCAAAAAGUUGCCACCGGUGCAGAUCUUGGAAUACGGAGAAGCUAUCGCAAAGUUCAACUUCAAUGGGGAUACGCAAGUAGAAAUGUCCUUCAGGAAGGGUGAGAGGAUCACGCUGCUCCGACAGGUGGACGAGAACUGGUACGAAGGGAGGAUCCCGGGGACGACCCGGCAAGGCAUCUUCCCCAUCACCUACGUGGACGUGAUCAAAAGGCCACUGGUGAAAAACCGGGUGGAUUACAUCGACCUGCCUUACUCCUCCCCAAGCCGUAGUGCCACCGCGAGCCCACAGUUUCCCAGUCACAGCAAGCUCAUCCUGCCAGCCCCCUCAUCUCUGCCUCACCCCCACCGAGCCCUGUCCCCUGAGAUGCAGGCUGUCACCUCGGAGUGGAUCUCACUGACGGUGGGGGUCCCAGGCCGGCGUCCUCUGGCCCUGACCCCUCCUCUGCCUCCUCUGCCAGAGGCGUCUGUCUAUUACACUGACCACCUUGCCUUUUUGACAAGGCCUAGUCCCUCCCUGUCCCUCAGCCUCCCCCAUUCGAGCUGGUCGGGUCGUUCCACCCCCCACUCGAUUGUCUCCCCGCUGGCCCUCCCUGCUCCACACCGAGCCUACUCCCCGGUGCCUGGUGCCCAGACCUCCCUUCACGUCAACGGAGACGGUGGCAGCCACAGGCCCCCUCCAGGCUUUCCGCAGGGCAGCUUCUCCCAGCCUCUGCUUGGGAGCCCUGAUAGUGUCAUCUCGGAGCUUAGCAACGCCUUUAGCAGCCAGGGCCCGUGGAGAGAAGAAAGCAGACAGUACGAAAGGAAAGCAGAGAGGGAGGCAGGUGAGAGAUGCCUGGGCGGACCCACGAUCUCUAAGAAGAGCUGCUUGAAACCUUCAGACGUGGUCAGGUGCCUGAGCACCGAACAGAGACUCUCAGACCUCUGCACCCCCGAGGAGAGCCAGCCCAGCCAGGCGCUGGGCAGCCCUUUCCCGGGCAGGGAGGCUGAGCAGACAGAGCCGCGUAGAGGUGGCGAGCAGGCUGAGCGGAAGGCUGCUCGGAGUGGUGUGCGCCAGCAACCUCAAGCCCAGCAGCGAAGAGUCACCCCAGACAGGAGUCAAGCCUCACAAGAUUUAUUUAGCUACCAAGCAUUAUAUAGCUAUAUACCACAGAACGAUGAUGAGUUGGAACUCCGAGAUGGAGAUAUUGUUGAUGUCAUGGAAAAGUGUGACGAUGGAUGGUUUGUUGGUACUUCCAGAAGGACCAGGCAGUUUGGCACUUUUCCAGGCAACUAUGUAAAGCCUUUGUAUCUGUAAGAAGACUGAAAACCGCAGAGAUGAUUUUUACCGGAGGAUGAAGCAUAACCCAUGAACUGGUCUCUUUAUUUGAAAGUUGAGUCAGUAGGAAGAGUAAUACAGUGGAUAAAGAACGAAGCAAAAGAGCGGGACAGAGAAGUGUGUUGUGUGUAAAACCCGGGCCUGUCUCAGCUCACCCUGCAUCAGACAGGCCCGGACCAUGCGCUGAGCAGAAAGGAAUGAGGCAAAUCUGUAUUUAUAUAGCUGCUUCUGGGAGCCUCUCCAGCCCUCCCCUCCGCUCCCCGUCUGAGGUAAUCUGACCUGUGGCCACAGGGAUGCCUCCUGCUGCUGCCUCCCUGGCCUGCCUGAAGCGGCCCUCAGAGCCCCGGCAGGUCCCCAGCCAUUUUCCAAAGGCUCCGCACAGACCCCCGCCCACCCCAGCCACCCGAGCCCGCAGAUCCCCCAGCACCAUCAGCGCCGCUGGAGAUCGGUCUGGGCUGCGAGGUCAUCCCUAGACGGUGGUGGAGGCCCCUCGCUGGACCUGCUGAGGUUAGUGGGGAAAUGGAGGCGAACCUUCGGCGCCCGAGCAUGCACACCCAGCCUGCGGCAUCGCCACUGCCCCCUGGUGUCAGACAGAAAAGCACGGAGGUUUGCCCGCGGGAGCAGGUGGCCAGGCAGACAGUGAAUGUGCGUGUCCCAGUGACUUGGGUCAGGAAGCCCUGUGGCUCCUGAGGUCACAUGCCGUGUGCUCCUUUCCCGGAUCACUGGCUUCCACAUAUGUUCCCUUUCAGGCCACAGUUUCAUUGAUCAGACGCCGUUGCUAAUCUUUCUCUUCUGGAUUGUUCUUGGCCAGGACAGUUUGGGGUUGAUAGGCCUGUUCUCAGGGAGAAAAGGAUGGUGAUGUUCAGUGAUUCAUUUAACACCCUCUGAUAGACACUGGAUGCUGGGCACCAGCCAGCAGACUUACCGCAUCCCCAGAGGAGCUCAAGGGCCACUCAGAAUGUAGUCCCCGGGGCUGUGGGUCCUGGUGCACCCUGGCCAGGCUUCGCUUCAGAGCAGAGGUGCGGAUGCAGCGCCAGGUGUGAGGAAGUGAUUCUGCUGCUCCCAGGAGGCCGGAGCUCAGCGGGGAGGCCCCUGCGACACCUGGGUGUUCAGUCACAACUCUGUCCGAGUCCAGGAUGUUUGUCAGCCCUCUCUGUUAGACCCCUUGGAGAAUGAAAGAUAGGAAUGGCCCGUUCCCUGCCUGGGGACUCAGAGGUGAUUGGAGACACACACACACACACACACACACACACAGGAGAGACUGUGAAAUGUGCUUAGAAGGGUGUGAGAGAGGAAGAGAUGAAUUUCCCUGGAGGGAUCCUAGAAAGUAUUGUAUUUCUGUCUCUAUUAGCUGACUGUUGAACAACUAGGAUGCUGGAAGACGCUUUGCCUGAGGGUACUUUAUGACUGAAAACACUUGGCGCUGUUUCCAAGUCUUCAGACUCUCACCCUCUCCACAAAUACACAUCGGCCACAAGUAGGAGGAGCACUUCCGAGUGCCAGCGUGUGUGCAGGAGCCCUGGCUCUCUGCCUGUAGCUCAGAAGUGCCCAGUACCACUGUCCGAAGGUCUGAGUCUUUAUAAGUAAGCAAAAAGUUUGUCUUCAGUGUCUCUGCCUCCACCUCUGUCUCCACUACUCAUCUUAGGAUCCCACCGGCUGCCCAUCCCCUAUCAGACAGCUACAGUGCACUCACUUCUCUCCCUGUCCUCUUUUCCAAUCUUGCUGGCUGACUUCUUCACACUAAAGUGUAAAUGACUGAUACAGGAGUAUGUUACCUCUUCCCAGAGACAUUUGUUUUUAACUAGGGCAGAGCAGAGCCUUAAUCCCCAGGGGAAAGAUUAUAGAACUAAUGUUGGGAUGGGGUGGGGUGGGGUGGGGUGGGGUGGGCGGAGGAGCCUCCUGGGCAGAAAUUCCUUAAAUAAGACUCAUAGCUUUGGAAGGUCCCCUCCGCUGCCCAGGGCACUGUGAUUUGACUCUGAGGGAAUGAGUACCAGUGUGUGUGCACGUGCAUUUGCCCAGCAGCGUUUCACUCGUUUGGAAAUGUAAUUCUUGUAUUGGCUAAUGUGUUUCCUCAUCUUUCUUAGAUGCAAACCAUUAAUAUCAUGAUCUUACCUAAUAGUUUUUUGAGGGGUGCUUCUUGAUUCUGUAGGUAAUUGUGAACACCUCUUUAAAUACAGCUAGAAAAUAAAACCAAUUUGUAAAGCCACAUUUGCAUAUGAUGCCAGCCUCUCGCAUUUGUGUAUCAACAGAAACCCAGCUAUGCCUCACCAAUUUGCCCGUCUUUAAUAAAAUCAUGUGUUCAAAUUUGCAUCAAACUUCAGCUUCCUAUGUAUGACAAGAGAAGGAACAAAGGUUUCCAAUGCUCUUUUGUCUUCAGACAUUUAGUAUUAUAAAAUACCUAUUUUUAUGCUGAGAUGUUUAUACAGGUUUAUUAAUAGCAAGUGCAGCUAACUGGCGGCAUGCCUUGCAGACAGUUUUGAUAUAUUAGCCACGCUUCUGGGUAAAGGCAAGCCCCGAACCACUUCUCUUUUGCAGUCUCUCUGGGGUCAGUAAAAGAAAAAAACCAUAUGCUUAGGUGGGACUGUAAAUAUGUAUAUUUAACUUUGUAUAGCCCAUGUACCUACUUUGUAUAGAAAAAUAAUUUUAAAAAUUUCAAUUGAAGGGAGGUAAAAUAAGGAAGUCAUUAAGUUUUUUGCAUUUUUAUUUAAAUGAAGGAAUUCCAAAUAAUUCACCGGCAGAUUUUUAGCACAAAUACAGCCAUUGUAAAGUUAAAACUUUAAAUAAAUAAUCAUUAUUUCUGGGAGAGAAGGUAGUAACUAUAAUCUCAGUUACAGUUUUUUUGGUUUUGAGGUUUUUGUUUUCUGUUUGGUUUCUUUUUUUUUUUUUGGCAGUUCUGUUUAUCUGAAGUAGUAUUAAGUCCUAUUGCUGGACUAGAUUACUACAAAAAAGAAAAAAGAUUAUAUUCUGAGAGAAAAAUAACUGACAUUAUACAUAACCAAUUAAUUUAAAGUGUUGCCAUUUACAUUACACACCGAGAGCAUGUGCUGUGCAGACACAGGUUCUCCUGUUCAUUUAUUUUUCUUUAUUGCAGUGGGUUGAUAAAUAAAGGUGUUGAAUUACUACAUUUGCUGUACAUAUCAUUUAAUAAACUUUAUUCAGAAUCA